GAGAAUUUCUGCAUUCUGGAUGAGCAGAGGUUUGCCAAGGAGCUGCUCCCCAAGUACUUCAAACACAACAAUAUCUCCAGCUUCAUACGACAGCUUAACAUGUAUGGUUUCAGGAAGGUGAUUGCUCUGGAGAAUGGUAUGAUUACAGCGGAGAAAAGCUCAGUCAUUGAGUUCCAGCACCCUUUCUUCAAGCAAGGGAAGGCACAUCUACUGGAAAACAUCAAGCGCAAGGUAUCUGCAGUAAGAACUGAGGAUCUCAAGGUCUGUACAGAGGAUUUGCACAAAGUACUGUCUGAAGUCCAGGAGAUGAGAGAGCAGCAGAACAACAUGGAUGUCAGGCUGGCUAACAUGAGGAGAGAAAAUAAGGCCCUGUGGAAAGAAGUGGCAGUUCUAAGGCAGAAGCACAGUCAACAACAGAAGCUGCUGUCUAAGAUUCUUCAAUUUAUACUAAGUCUGAUGCGAGGAAAUUAUAUUGUUGGGGUCAAAAGAAAAAGGUCUCUAACGGAUGCUGCAGGUGCUUCACCUUCCAAAUACAGUCGUCAGUAUGUUCGCAUACCGGUGGAGAGUGGCCAAGCAAUGGCUUUUUCUGAACAUAAUGCAGAUGACGAGGAUGGAAAUGGUACAGGUCUCAUCAUUCGAGAUAUCACUGAUACCCUGGAAAAUGCCACCGAUGGUCUCCUUGCUGUGGCACACACAAGUGGCAGAGCCAGAGAGACACAGGCAGCUCUGGAUCCUGGCUUACCUAUUUGUCAAGUAUCGCAGCCGAAUGAGUUAAGUUGUGCAGAACCGAUCCCACCAGUUCAUAUAAAUGAUGUCAAUAAAUCCAGUGAAACAGAAAACGUUGCUGUGGAACUCCAUACUGCACAACCUAAUGCUCCAGAAGACCCCGUGUCAGUGAUUGACUCCAUCUUGAACGAGAACAACUCUGGAAACCAAAAUGAUCCUUUACUGGACAGAGAAGAAAUUCAGGAUUUUCUUAAUUGCAUUGACGCCAGCCUUGAAGAGCUCCAAGCAAUGUUAUCUGGGAAGCAGUAUAACUUUGGUUCUGAAGCUUUCAGCGAUACACUUAAUCCUGAGCUGCCAGCCCUGGAUAUGAGCUUGAUGGAAACUUCCCCUGGCAUGGAAAACAUUGCAAACUUGGCAGAGAGCACUGAAGAUCUGGGAGCGAGUGAGAGAGAAACAGCGGGAAGCAAAGAUAUGCAGCUGAUACAGUACAGGGCCAAUCCUCUGCUUUCAUUAUUUGAAGAACUACCUUCGAGUGAAGCUGCAGGGAAGAUAGAGGAUCCGAAAGACCUUCUGCUGCCUCCCCUGGAGGAGAAGCCUGCUCUUCAGCCUCCUUCGGGUAGUGAAACUGUCUUGCCGCUAGCAGCUCCAGCAAGCCAGGCUGAGCCUCUGGAUGCUCUGGGAAUGGGUGAUCCACCUCUCCUCUCGGAAGAUGGAAAUGGAGAGUAUAAACUGUUUCCACUCUUGCUCCUCAGUCCUGUUGCCAACUUCAUAGAAGAGGCCUCCGAGAUAGAAACGUCUUGA